UCCCGCUGGUUGGGCCCGGCCGCGGCAGCCCAGCGGGGUCCUGCCAGUCCUUCCACUGACAACACCCCGCGAAGGAGGAGCCUCGCCGGGCCGCGCAGAAGGCGUCAGGAGCUGCAAUUUCCAACUUAGCAUCUUGGCAGGACCCUUCGGAAAGCGAGAGCGAGGAGGAAGGGGGAGAAAAAAAAAAGCCCCCCAGUGCAAGGGGGGGAGAGAGAGGGGGAAGGAAGAAAAAAAAAAAAAAAGAGGGGGAAGCGAGGGGGGAGAAAAAGGAGGAAGCGGUGCCAGGCUGCAGGCGAGCGCGGAGCAGCAGCCCCGGCGCAGAGCAAGGUGCCGCCGCUGCCCAGCUGGCGAGGGCGGAGAGGCGCCCGCGAAGCCCCGGCCGCAGCGGCCCCAGCCCGGCAGCGCGGCGGCUCCCUCCCGGCGCCUUGGGCUCCCGGGUAUAUGUGUGCGCCUGGCCAUGUCGUAUCCUCAGGGUUACUUGUACCAGCCGUCAGCGUCCUUGGCUCUCUACUCCUGCCCGGCGUACAGCACCAGCGUGAUCUCCGGACCCAGGACCGAUGAACUUGGGAGAUCUUCUUCGGGCUCCGCUUUUUCCCCUUAUGCCGGAUCUACCGCCUUUACCGCCCCUUCCCCGGGUUACAACUCCCACCUCCAGUACGGCACCGACCCGGCCGCCGCCGCCGCCGCCGCCUUCACUUCCUACGUGGGCUCGCCCUACGACCACACGCCGGGCAUGGCCGGCUCCCUGGGCUACCACCCGUACGCGGCGCCGCUCGGUUCCUAUCCCUACGGGGACCCCGCGUACCGCAAGAACGCAACGCGGGACGCCACGGCCACCCUCAAGGCCUGGCUCAACGAGCACCGGAAAAACCCCUACCCCACCAAGGGCGAGAAGAUCAUGCUGGCCAUCAUCACCAAAAUGACCCUCACCCAGGUCUCCACCUGGUUCGCCAACGCGCGGCGGCGGCUCAAAAAGGAGAAUAAAAUGACCUGGACCCCGCGGAACCGCAGUGAGGACGAGGAGGAAGAGGAGAACAUCGACCUGGAGAAAAACGACGAGGACGAGCCCCAGAAACUGGAGGAGAAGGGGGACCCUGGGACGCCGGACACAGGAGCGGCGGAUCCCAAGGCAGCGCCGGGCUGCGAGCGCCUCCAGGAGUCCCCCAGCCCCCGGGAGGCCGAGGGCAGCCUCAGCGACUCGGAUUGCAAAGAGCCGGCGGAGGAGCGGCUCGACGGGCCGCCGGCCCCCCACAAGCCGCCCGGCUCUUCCCCGCUGGGGCCGUGCCCGCCGGGCCGCGGGCUGCCGCCGGCGAGCGGCGAGGAGCCCCCGCCGUACCGUCCGCCCUCUGCCGCCGCCGGGCCGCCGCACGCCGCCGACCUGCACCCGCUGCUGCCCGCCGCCACCGGCGCCUCCGUCAUCCACUCGCCGCAGCAGGCGGCCCUCGCCAAGCCCAAGCUCUGGUCGCUGGCCGAGAUCGCCACCUCGGCGGACAAGGCGAAGGAGGCCGGCGGCGAGGCGGCGCCCCCCGGCCCCGCCGUGCUGGGCGGCGGCGGACCGUCGCGCUCGCCGCCGCGGCCGCGCUCGCCGGCGGCUCCGUGCCCCUUCCCCAACGGGGCGGUCCUGCCGCGGCCGCUCUACUACACGGCGCCGUUCUACCCCGGUUACACGAACUACGGCUCAUUCGGGGCCCUGCACGGGCACCCCGCCGGCGGCCCCGCCGCCGCCGCCCCCGGCGCCCACUUCAAUGGAUUAAACCAGACUGUCCUCAGCAGAGCCGAGAGCCUGGCUAAAGACACUAAAAUGAUCAGGAGCCAGUCCCAAGUAGACCUUUGCAAAGACUCACCUUACGAACUGAAGAAAGGUAUGUCCAACAUUUAAUAUCGGCUUCUCCUCCUUACCCCCCUCCCGGGACUGUGUUUUUGUUCUUUAUUUUUUUUUUAAUUUAUUGAGAGAAAUAAUAAAUUGCUUUGGCAGUUAUUUUUCCACUAC